AUGUACUUUGCGCUUUCAUUGACUUCACUGCUGAGCGGUAAGGCAAUGGAGACCAAAAAGAAUUCCAAGUGCAAGGGUUCAGUAAUCAGAGUCAUUACUUGUAUAUACCGAAACAAUUCUUUCAAACUCGAGGAUGACGUCAAGGUCGGUAGGGAAAAUUUAUUUCAAAAAACAGAGAAACUCCGUCAGCGUCUUCUGGGCGAAUCUAAAAAAAAGGUGACAGUUACUUCAGAUAAAAGAGUCACUGGCAGUCAAGUCAUUGAUGAGUCAUUGCAAGAAAUUUUAGAUUUUGUCCUGAGAGAUUAUGUUGAGCCCUGGUACAGUGUCCUCACUAAUGACGAAGAAUUUACCAAAUCUGUUCGAGACACUGCCCAAAAAAUUGCCAUUAACAUAGCAAACAGAGUAAAAGGUGUGGAUUGGAUUCCCUACUUAACAACAAGACUUGUUGACGAUGCUGCUUCUCAUAUGAGACUGUACAGACAGACAAGGGCAAGAUUGAAACAGGUGAAAGGUAACCAGACUUAUAAAGUCAGCAGCAGUUCGAGCACGUCUGGUGGCACACCAAAGAAAACUCCAACUCAUAGGCGAAACAAGAGCGAAACUGACGUCUUCUGGUAUUCCCAGUCAAAAUUUUAUAUUCCUAAUUUAACGGCCUUGAACGAGCCAACGAAAAAUGUUAAGGAAACCGAAACGUUGGAAAAGAUAUUCUUUGACCUGGAAGUACAGAUGGAAAAAAAUCUUAUAUGCAGGGAUCUAGUAUGUACGGAUGAAGCCAAAGAGCUCGCCUUCUUGGGAGAAAUAGCAGAGGUAUUAUUGUUCUUGCUGCUACCAAAGGCUGACUUUGACUGUCUGACUGUCCGGUUUAUUUUGAGGGAGCUCUUGGUCAAUGUCAUUAUUAGGCCUCUCCUAGACCUCUUUUCAGACCCUGAUUAUAUUAAUCAGACUUUUAUAUGGCUGUGCACAAAGGAGGCCACUCUGCGGAGUGACAUAUUUUUAACUGUAAUAAGAACAACAGAUAGUUUAGAAGAGUUGGCGGCGACAAAAAGUAUUGUUUGUAAAGAAAUAGCGUAUUUACGAUCAAAAGAUUCUGGCCACGACGAUGACUUGACUGUCAAACAGCAGCUGAACAGCCUCUUGUAUGUUAAAAAAAUUUUAGAUAGUCGAAUUAUCAGUAUGAAGGAAGGCCUAGAUGCAUCGGAAAGCGACGGGGCUGGUCCCCUUCCCGACUGGAAUCGACUGCUUGUGCCAGGUCAUAAAUUAGUUAAUUUGCCUUUGGAUGAAUUAUUAAAAAAUAACAUAGCUCUGAGUUACUUUAUCGAUUAUAUGACAAGUGUCAGUGCCGAAGCCUAUCUGUACUUUUACUUAAAUAUCUAUGGCUGGCGAGUGUCUGCCGAACAACAGAUAUCCGAUAUUGAGUUGCAAAAGCUACAAAAUUCCCAAACGGGUUCUUCUUCGUCAUCGAGCUUGUCAAAAAAGAAAAAUUCAGAUCUAGAAAAUUUAAAAGAGGCGGCCACAAAAAUUUAUCAGCAAUAUCUCAGCGACAAAAAUUCCUCGAAACUGCAAUUGGAUGAUAAUCUUGUAAAAAAUUUGGUUGUUAGAAUUAAAACUGAGUCGGUAAAGGAGACGUGGUUUGACGAGCUGCAGGCUUGCUGUUACGAGAAACUUCAAAACGAAGACAAAUUCCUGCCGGCGUUCAAAAGGUCGGUCUCGUACUUAAGGCUAUUGGCAGAACUAGACCUCCUAAAAGACCCGACCUCGGAAGAUGAUUCCAAAUCAUUGGACAGUAUUAGUUUGUCGAGUAUUAACAACGAACUUGAUGUACUGGAAGAGCAUGUUGAGAAUCAAAAGGAUGGCGAAAAAUCGAAAAUCGACGGAAUUUCAAUCAGUCGAGAAACCAAAAGCAAAUCCAGUUCUUGCGAUGACUUGGACGAUAGAAUAUCAAGAGGCAGUAGGAGUAGUCGCGACAGUCGAGAAGAUAGGCAAUCGCGUCAGGGUGCAGGGGAAUCUGACAACAUAAGCGAAGGCAAAGAUGUGGUCGAUACCUUGAUUGAAAACAAUGCGGAUCAAUUUCUCAGGCUCGACGAUGGUGCUUGUGAUCAAAGCGUUAUAAAAAAGCUUCAGCAGGGUCGUUUCGAUUUGAACGUCGAAAUAAUCGAAACGGGAAUAGUCAACGAUAAAGGAAAGACUUACGGCAUCUAUGCUGUAGCCGUGUCGAAAGUAUACGACUCUGGUUACCAGGAAAAGUGGCAUAUUUACCGAAGGUAG